CGGCUUUUUUGAUUCUUCGAUUGAUUUUUCUUUUGUCUCGUUUAUCGCUGUCUCCGCCUCAAUUAGGGUUAAGGAUUUGAGGUGAAAAAGUUAUCUUCUACACACAAAUCUUCAAUCAUGGACAUGUUAAAGAAACGAAGGCUCGACGAGAACGGCAACGGGAUCUUCAACGACGCACACAUCUCAACUCGAUUGACGCCACACGACGCUAGAAAACUCAUCGAACGCUUCUCCACGGAUCAGCUCCUCGACAUCUUACAAAACGCCGCCGCUCGACACCCCGACGUCCUCGACCUCGUUCGUUCAACCGCCGACUCGGACGUCACGCAGAGGAAGCUCUUCAUCCGCGGCCUCGCGGCAGAGACGACGACGGAAGGUCUCCGAUCGCUUUUCUCAUCUUACGGGGAUCUCGAGGAGGCGAUCGUGAUCCUCGAUAAGGUUACCGCGAAGUCGAAAGGGUACGGGUUCGUGACGUUUAAGCAUGUAGACGGAGCGCUUCUCGCUUUGAAAGAUCCGUCUAAGAAGAUCGACGGGCGCGUGACGGUCACGCAGCUGGCGGCUGCUGGGAAUCAAGGUGGGAGUGUGGCGAAUGUUUCGGAUGUUUCGAUGAGGAAGAUUUAUGUGGCGAAUGUGCCUGUUGAUAUGCCUGCGGAUAGGUUGUUGAAUUUGUUUUUGGCGUAUGGGGAGAUUGAGGAAGGUCCUUUGGGGUUUGAUAAGGUUACUGGGAAGUCUAGAGGGUUUGCUUUGUUUGUUUAUAAGACUUGUGAAGGUGCACAAGCUGCACUUGCUGAUCCGACGAAGGUGGUUGAUGGAAAGCAUUUGCAGUGUAAGUUGGCUAUUGAUGGUAAGAAGGGAAAGCCUCCUGUUAAAGAUGUUGUUGCUGGGCCUGGAAACGGUCAUGGGCAUGGUCAUGGUCAUGGUAAUGGAAUGGGUGUGGCUCCUCCUCCUGGACCUUAUGGUCCACCUGGUGGACCGGGUGGGUUGGGUGCUUACAGUGGGUACUCAGGAGGACCACCACCGCAUCAUAUGAAUUCGACGCCGUCAUCUAUGGGUAAUGGAGCAGGUGGGUAUGCUGGUCAUUAUGGAGGAUACAGUGGUCCAGGUUAUGCCGGUUAUGGUCCAGGUGGGCCUGGUGUUGGAAGUGGUCCGUAUAGAAUGCCACCAAGCUCAAUGACUGGGGCUGGUUAUCAUGAGAGUGGACACUAUGGGCAUUCAUCAGGUUCUGCAUAUCCUGGACAGCAUCAGCCUGUUGGUUCCUCCACAGCUCCGAGGGUUCCUCCUGGAGGAAUGUACCCAAAUGGUGCACCGAAUUACUGAAUGGUUUGUGACAGGGCGAAGAUGCUUUUAUGUGCUUAAUGGUGAUUACGUGAUUGCAGCAUCUUUAGAUCUCUGGAUUGAUGAAUGUAUUGCUGCUUUGAACUGAAUGAUAGACUAGGAUGUCUUCCUGUAUUUUUCUUUUCUUUCAUAGACAUAGUUUGGCAGAUUGGUUUUGUUUGUCAGAUUAGUGAACUUUCAAUAAUAUUUGUGUAUUGCGCUUUAUCUUGUUUCCUGAUUACUCUUUCUUUACUCUUAUGGAACAUUGACAACGAAGCUCUACUUGUCUGUGAUCAAUAAAUUAGUACUAGAAGGUUUUCUUCGUGAAUCACUUCUGACUGGUUGAUUCAUAGGUUAAACUCAAGUGUUGAACAUAUGUUGCUUUAGCAGCUUGAUAAUCUGAGGAUUGUAUUCUACCUUUCCUGUUUGCAAAUCAGACAUGUUAGAAGUUUCUUGGAGAGUGUGCAAUUUGUAAGAUUGUUUUAUUAUAUACUCCAUUACCAAUGUUUGACGGAGCAACUCUGCUUCAAAUGAUGAAAAAUCUCGUGAUAUGUUAUUACCAAAAGAAGAGUUACUUUCCAGGAUCUUUUUGAGGUUUUAUUUCUGAGAUUCUUUUUCCGUGUUAAUAUCUGGCUCUUUUUGGAGUGUUUAUCCCAUGGUUUGUGAUAUUUGACGUUAUUUCUUUUAUUUUGUGGUCACAUUUUACGAGAUGUUUGUCUCUUAAAAUAUUCUGUGAAGACAAAAGACAUUUCUAGCUUCUUGUCCAUAAACAGACUAGUCUUGUGUGUCUUUGUUAGGAAUUUUUUGUUCACAGCAACCUGUGACCACUUGGUCUUUUGCUUCUCUGUCCUUUUUUUCCGUUUAUUCCUUUUUAUUUUUCUUGGCGAUUCAACGGUGCGACCAAGCAGGUGCAACAUAUAUGGCAAGACCGAUGGCGAAAUCACUCGUCAUGUUUGGAUUUGUAUAGUAAGAUUUGUAUGGAUCGUUACGAUUUGUUAUGCUGUACACUACUAAACAUGUUCAUGUUCUAAUAAUAUCACCAGACACGCUAAAGAGAUCGUGUCUUUUUU